AUCGUGUUUUGCAUUUGUUGUUUUUAAAUAUAAAGAAGAUGCACAAAAAGCUAUUGAUCAAAUGGAUGGAAGAUCACAUGGAGAUAAUCGAUUAAAAGUAACAUGGGCUCGACCAAGAACUCGACAUCGUUCUAAUCGUCAUGAUCCAAAUAUGCGAUGUUAUAAAUGUGGACAACGAGGACAUUUUAGUCGUGAAUGUGAUGGUCAAAUGCUUGAUGGACGUGGACCAAGACGUCGUGAGGACGAUUUUGGUCGAUACCCACCAUCAAACUAUGAUCGUUUUCCGAGGUCACGUUCACCGCAACCACUACCACCACCAACAUACUUUCGUCAUGGAAUGCCAAUGUAUCCAGCAUUUACACGACGAUAUGAUCCAUAUUUAGAUGGUUAUUUUCCACCACCAGAACGAUCGGGUGGUCAUGAAUAUCGUUUUAGAGAACGUGGUACACGAUUAACACCACCAUCAGCAAGUGCCAGAUAUAAUCGCCGGUAA